CAGCGUCCGCAUGUGCGAGAGGUGAAAACACAACGAGUUCUCGUCGAGAAAUAUCAGUGAACAUGGACAGUCGAUUCCAUCACCCUUGUUAACACGUGAGAGUAUAUCUUCGCCCCAAGAAAAAUGAGUCCUGGCUUGGGACACGAUCCUCUGCCGUCUUACAACAUCACUACGAUCGAAACGCGGAGUAAUGAGGAGAAUACGCAUUAUGCGGAUGAAAAGAUGUCGCGCAUGCGGCGGAAAUAUUGUCGCCUUUUGUGCGAAGAGAAAGUUUAUAAUGAAAACCAAUAAAUCAGUCUAUUCAUUCUUCUUUAUCCCCUUCAAGGAAACGCCGCGCUCUGUUUGUGGCAACAGCCGCAACAUGUCUUGUUCCAGCUGGCGAAUUUUUGCUUCGUGCUCUCGUAUUCGGCACCGUCUUCCAAAAAGGGCAUUUUGUUCAUGCACUCGGUGCUAAUUGUCGGGUUUGUGUUGCUGUCUGGAUGGGCUUGGCAUGUAAUUUGCGCACCGGAUAUUUUCUCUUGGAACUUUAGCUUCUUGUUACUCAACAUCGGCCAAUUAGUGUACACUUUCUAUCAAAUGAGACCCGUCAAGUUCGAUCCCGAACUGGAGGAAGCUUAUCACACGCUUUUCUAUCCCUUCAAGGUCUCGCGUUUGCAAUUCAAGCGUUUGGUAUCGCCGGAAUUCGCGACGAUAAUGUCCCUCCACGCGGGCGAGGCGUACGCGAUGCAGAACUUGACGAAAACGGAUAGGCUGGGCCUGCUGCUUAGCGGUAAAGUCAACGUUCUCAGCGACAACAAUUUUCUGCACCCGAUAUUGCCCUGCGAGUUUCUCGAUUCGCCGGAAUUCGAGAGCUCCCGAGCUUCCGUCGAUGACAAAUUCAAGGUGUCCAUCGUAGCGGCGAGUUCGUGCCGAUACUUGUAUUGGCAGAGGUCAGCCUUGGAGUAUCUCCUGGUGAAAGAAACUUACCUCGCGACCGUGUUGACCACGCUGGUGGCGAGAGAUAUCGCGACAAAGUUGUACGCAAUGAAUAAUAAGAUAGUUACGGACAAAGGGUCGCACUUGGACAUUCGUCUCCCUUCGAUCAGCGCCGGUUUAGGGAUGAGCAGCGAGUACAGAAGUCCUCGAGCCUAUAGACACGCGCUGAUUCGUAAGAAAGAAACUAAACCAACGUCAAACAACAUUAGCAUGACCAAGACCAAGAACCGUUCCAUCAACAACCUGACGAAGAAGGGCGCGCCGAACAUGGAGCCCCUGCCGGAGCUGCCGUCCUGCGACGACCUGGCCUCCAGCGGCGUAGAAAGCUGGCUCGACUCCUCCAGCAAGUACCACAGUUGCGAGAUCGUCGACGAGGAAUAGCACCACGCCUCCUACUCGAACCACGAGAGCUUGCUCGAAGACGACGAGUUCAACGAUCAGGACGCGCAGGCCUUCGACUGCAGAAACAUGGACUACUGGGAAUCGUAUCCCGACAACUAGCGAGCGACACGGAGGGAAAUAGCGAAAAUCUCUUUCUUCAUGUCCAAAUAGCGUCUCUGUAGGUCUCUCUCUUUUGGACUUCAACGCUCGCUCGCAACGCUUGUCGACCUCUCUUUCUCUCUCUCUCUCUUUCUCUCUCUCUCUCUCUCUCUCUCUCUCUCUCUCUCUCUCUCUCUCUCUCUCUCUCUCUCUCUUUCUCUCUCGGCGGGACAAUUCGGCGAGGUCCACAAUCGUCGCUCUUUGAAUUUUCAUUAAAGAAGAAACCGUUAACGUUCACAUCGAAGCACGCGUCCAUGCUAAUCCACGCAUUUUACGAUAUUGACCUAUGUAUGUUUGUUGCCCAGCAACGAAGAUCGCAACGAAAGCGCCUUUCGGAAGUUACGCGAACAGUGUAAAUUCAACGCUCUGUAUAUAUCUGUAAAUAUCGAAGAACUCGGAGGAUUUACAGGGAGUUUUAGCUCGGGAAAAAGGACGUUUGUGAGAGUAUUUUAAAUAAUUUUUAAAAGGAACAAAAUAUGCGCGUGCGCGCGCGCGCUCACAUAUUAGGUAAGUGCAACGUUGCUAAGUGACUCCACAUAAACGCGCCUAUAUAACAUUUUUGUAAAUAUCAAAGAUCGAUCGAGGGAUCGACACGAUCGACUAGAGAGGAUAGAGAAUUUCUU